UUGAUGUGUGACUAAAGGACUGUACAACGGAUUUAGUGUGUUGUUUAGUGAUAUUGCUUUUAAUUUGCGAAGCGUCACCUGACUGAACUCAUUGUCAUUUCCCGCCAUUGUGGCUCGUGUGUAAACUGAUGGAUAUUAGUUAUCGCCUUGUGCAUCCUCUGAAGUAUAUGAGGAAUAAGUAGAAAACAACGACUAAGGAAUGUCAUUGCACGGUAAUGACGUUUGUUUACUAGAAGUAGAAGAUUACAACUUGUACGAAGAAGAAGCAUCGGAUCACACGUUUGUCAGUGAGAAACAUUCGACAUCAGGGAGUAAGACAAUGGAGGCAGAAAAAAGGAUUAGACGAGAAAUUGCCAACAGCAAUGAACGCCGACGAAUGCAGAGCAUCAAUGCAGGUUUUCAAGCUUUGCGGACUUUACUUCCACGUCAUGAGGGCGAAAAAUUAAGCAAAGCAGCUAUUUUACAACAAACUGCAGAAUACAUUUACAAUCUUGAACAAGAGAAAACAAGACUACUUUCACAGAAUUGUCAACUAAAGAGAUUACUAAAUCAGCAUGAAGGAGGUGAAGUUCCAUUGAAAAAAAGAAAAGGUGAUAUACUAACACAUGUACCAUCAGUCAUACCUCCUGAUUCUACGGACGAUACUUUAUCGAAUUCACGAUCACCCGAACCAGUUGCUGUUAUAACAAUGUCAAACACAUCACAGAAAAAAGAUUCUGAGUGUGUAGAAUUACGGGCGCAACUUGAACAGGAACGGAGAUUACGUCGCUUGCUUGCAGAGCGGUUCAACGCACUAGAAACGCAGGUGUAUCCUAAAACAGGGCACGACAUCGCGCGACCUUUAUCAGGCCCUAUCGAACAGACUGAAAUCUCAGACUGCAAAGUGGAGAAUGAAGAAAUUCCCAUAAAACCUGUUGAGCCACCCCCACCCACAACUCAAUUACUUGAAGCCGCCAUCAAGGCUGAGCCCCGAGUGGAAGUCGAGGUACUGCCAGAGGCGAAUCAAGACAGCUCUUCGCGGCUCUACCUAGCAAGCACGAGCCGCCAAAACCUCGAGACCAUUGUGGAGGCUAUCCGACACUUGGAGGGCGACCACCUGUUUCGCGAGGAGACGGCCGAAGCGCCCCUAGCGCUAACCAAGAAGCCGAGUGCGCCCCCGCCACGACCCGGUGUCAUCGUCGUCAAGCACUUGUGAUCGCCUCGACGAGCGGUUUAGACUUUUAGCUCGUAAAAUGCUUAUCGCUUAGCGAGCGCACCUGACUCUCCUCGAAUGUAGUUUUAAAUUUUAGUUAUUUAGUUGUAUCUUCCAAAGUGACGAAUCGAUAAGUCUGCGUCUUUGUUUAUUUUAUGCAUUGAAGUCAAAUAAAACACGGUAGAUUUAGUCCUCCGGGUGAGCAUUCUAAUGGACGUAUGGUCUCAAAUAUUAUUAUUUCAUACUGUUGUGUUAUUUUUACAUGUAAAAUUAUUGUAACUGUGUUAGUGAAAUGAGGGGUGACUGAAAUAUUUGUCGCGAGUUCUAACUCAUUGCUUAAAAAUAUAUGGAUUGAUUGAUUAGAAAAAUAUGUACAAAAAAGCAUCAUUAUAGUGAAGAAUAUUUUAGCCGAGAUACAAGCCGCGUUGGAACUGGCGACGAAUGGUAGCAAUGCAGUACGCCAUGUGCCAAAAGUCGAAAGAUGGCUAGGUGUAUUGUAAAUUUAUAAUGAAUGUGUGGUUUGCAUUAGUUACGAAUUGUGAUAUUUUUACUGGAACUUGAAAGACAAUGCAAAAAAUCAAAAAAUUAUGAUUAAUCUACCAUAAACCAAUAAAACACUCAUAUAUCUACGCUAAAAAGAGGGAUUUUCGAAAAUUUCAGCAAUAUGCAGCAAGUUAGUAAAGUACCACUUAAUCUAAUAAAAGUAUAUUAGCUUGAAUAUUUUAAAAUAAUUGAAAAACAAGUAUUGACUAAGCUUUGUAAAUUUUUAAAAUGAACAUCAUUUUAUAAGUUAAUGAACAUUAUAAGUGUUGAAAAAACAGCUUACAGCUAUGGAAUAGAGAGUAUAAAUGAAGACCCUAACUAUUUAUUAUGCUCUAUAGCUUCCUGUAAAAAUAAUAUAUGAAAUAUCUAGUAAAUGAUUAUAAUUAGGUUUAAAACAGCAAUAAUAUAUUUAAUAAAAAGUUGACAUUGAGAGAUCUGAAAUAAUGAUUGCUUCAAAAUGUAUUUUAUAGGGCAAUAUAACUUUGAAUGACCAUAUUGUAAGUUUUCUUGAUAAUAUUUAACUGGAACCCCAGUGCAUAGCUUGAUUCUUAUUCGGAAUUAGUAAAUUUAAUAAUGGUAUUGUUCGCCAUUGCAUUUUGGGGACAAAAAUACCCCUGCAUUCCAUGUUGUUGAAUUCUUUAAAGAGGUAUUCCCUAUAUUGCGUAGUUAAUCGAAUGAGUUAGUGUGUAUUUUAAUCAAUUUAAAUUACUAGUGUAAUUUACUGCUUAAAAAUAUAAUUACCUACUUAAUAAUAUAUAUUUAUCUACUAGUAUUGGAGUUAUAUAUUUUAUUUGAAAAUUUUAUAGUUCCGUGAAUGAAAAUUUGUGAAAUUCAAUAACCUUAUUCAAUUUAAAGAAUUUCCAAUGUUCAAGUUUCUUUGGUUUUCAAUUGUAAAUUAGAAGUUGUCAUGGUAAUGUUUUAUUAUGUGGACAAGUCUACCAAGUAAGCAAUUGCAUAUGUAAGUCGAUUUGGCAGAUAAAUUGAUUGAUCAACAUGAUGAAAUUAUUAAUUUUAAUUACAUAUGCAGUCUUCGACAUCGAAAUAAUAUAGCAAUCAUCAAAAAGAUAUAAGAGAAGUAUAAAGACACAAUAUAAGAAAGAUGAAGAUAAACAGAAUGAAAAUUUGAAAGUAUUAAUUUCUUUCUUGCGUGUAUUGUAUUCAAGGUAGUAACGUAAUUAUAUAUUUUAACAAUUCACAAGAUUCACAAGAAAAAAGAGUUGUCUUUUUUUUUUUUUUUACAAGAAACUUAUUUUCAUUUUCCGAUUGUACUCUAGACAACCUUUGUUGCGAUCGAAAGGGAUCCGAAUAAAUGUUAACGUGAACAGUGAUUAAGCUAAAUUGCAUUCAAUUGCUGACAUUUUUGUUAGAAAUACAUAUUGUGCUUUUGUUAUUUAAAUCGUAAGUUUUGUGUGUGUGUAUUUUAAGUUAGACUCAGUAACAGAGUGAAACUGAUUUAAGUACAGUGUACUUCAGGUAGUCUUAUGAGGAGUCAUGGAUUUUUAAGACUGAUCAAUUUUCAUUAUUAAGUUACACUACAUAGUUCAAGUAAAUAAUAAUAAUAGUAUAGUUUGUG